AUGUCGGAAGGCAGAACCAGUUUUGACGAAUCAAACCAAGGGGUUUGCAAGGUAUGCGAUGGAAGCGAUAACUCACGGAUAAUCCAGUGUGACAAAUGCGACGACUGGUUCCAUUUCGACUGCGUGGGGGUAAGUCAAGCUGUAGAGAAUCAAGAUUGGCUCUCAUCGGACUGCUAUGGGAAGCAGCAUGCGAAGAACAAGAAAUCUACGAAACCAACUCCCCCAACGGUACCGCCCUCUUAUUAUAUGAUGCCACCCAAUGCGCCAAUGCAAUUAAAUACUUCUUUGCCACCAAUGCCACUGAUACAAUCAUAUCGUCUGUUAAAUCCGAGUAUUUCGUCGUUGGGAGUGAACUACUACGACCGUUGUUACACAGUGCCAUCCAGUUUCAUUCAGCCCAUUCCGUCAGUGCCCUAUCCAGUUGUGUCUAGUGAUGUGCAACCAACUACCAUUCCAAUAGGAGGACAACCUAAAGAGCUGCCGGAGCAACUGCAUCCACGAUUUCCUCCGAAGACCAAGAAACAAGUUUUGGAGGAUAACAUGAGCCAGUAUUCCGAAGUCAGUUCCAGAAGGUCCACCAAACAGAGACAGUUGAAGUUGCAACUGCAAAUGUUGGACGACGAACGGAAACUACAGGAAGCGGAAGAAGCAAGCAAACGCGAGUAUAUUCACACCCGCAACCAGCUGAUGAAGGAGAUAGUCAACGAGGAGGAUUCGAUUGUGGAUGCUGAUGAAGGACUGUCAGAUGAACGAGUAGCGGAAUGGCUUAACGACGAGGCUCCUGCAGAAGUUCCAGUUUCGCAGAACCAACGUCAGCUACCGGUAUCCCAGUCAGUGGUUGUUCCACAACUAACAAAUGUGUGGACGUCGGUCGGACAGAUGCAGAUCCAGGACCGAGUGAAGAAAACUGGUCUGUACCCGACUGAGAAUCCCGGGAUCAGACGAACGAAUGUCAACCAUCAAUCGACCGCGAUGCCCUCAGGUUAUGAAAACGGCAGCAACCUAACACAUAGCCAAGUCGCUGCUCGACAAGCCGUGUCACGAGAACUCCCAGUAUUCAGCGGCUCGCCGGAAGAAUGGCCGUUGUUCUACUCCACGUUUACGACAACGACCAACAUGUGCGGCUAUACCGCAAAGGAGAACCUAAUGCGGUUGCAGAAGUGCUUGAGAGGGAAGGCGUAUGAAGCAGUGAAGUGCCGCUUGAUGCAUCCGGCUAAUGUUGUUAGUAUCCUGUCCACAUUGAGGAUGUUGUACGGGAAUCCCGAGAUCAUCGUGCAGAAUUUGAUAUCCAAGAUCCAGUCAACGCCAGCGCCGAAAGCGGGCAGAUUAGAAACACUCAUCGAGUUUUCCCUUGCAGUGCAGAACCUUUGCGCAACGAUCGAAGCUUGCGAGCUGGAAGAGUAUUCGUACAACGUUGCUCUUUUACAUGAGCUUGUAGAUAAGCUACCUUCAGGGUUCAAGGUGGAUGGGGAGACAUGCGGCGGUACGACGGGCAAGACGAAUCAUCAAUCCAAUUCGAAUCGAUUUCAGGCUAACUCUAAGGAGUGCCUGGUUUGUAAGGGAAGUUGUCCUAAUGUGGAGAAAUGCCAGCGGUUCACUGAGCUUGGAUACAACUCUAAAUGGGCAACUGUGAAAGAGUUCGGGUUAUGCCGGAAGUGCCUACGGAAACAUAAGGGACCGUGUAAGUCAAAGCAAGUUUGCGGCACAAACGGUUGCACUUUCAAACAUCACCAACUGCUCCACAACAAUCAACGUGAAGGAGCGCUGCGUUCCGGUAGUAGGGAUUCGCAUUCCGCCACGGUGGCACAAGACACAUCUGUACGCGAAUGCAACGCUCAUCAUAAGGCCACGAACAAGGGACUGUUCAGAGUUGCUCCGAUCGUCAUCCAUGGCCCGGUUAAAUCCAUCAAAACUUUCGCAUUUCUCGACGAUGGGUCCUCACUAACUCUAGUGGACGCAUCGCUAGUGCAAGAGCUGAAGCUACAAGGAACGCCGGAACCGUUAUGCCUUAAAUGGACAGGUAACAAGCGGCGGAUGGAAAGUGACUCAAUGAGGUUGGACCUCGAAGUUUCUGGAACGGGAGAGGUUCAGAAGAAGUAUCGCCUUGCAGGAGCACAUACUGUUGCUAGCUUGGAUUUGUUUCAUCAAACGCUAGACACGGAGUUGAUGUGCAAAGAAUAUCCCCAUCUACGAGGAAUCCCCAUCGAAUCGUACAUAAAUGUACAGCCUCGGAUCUUGAUCGGAAUCGAUAAUGCCAACCUGACAUUCCCACUGAAGGGAAGGGAAGGCAAGAUGUACGAGCCGAUCGCAACGAAAACGCGACUCGGAUGGAUUGUUCACGGAGGUUCGAACACCGGAGAGGCUGUUGUGGGUCAUCAUAGCCAUAGCGUUCAGACAUGUCCAUGCAGCGAACGAUCCGAUGGUAUGUUGCAACAAGCCGUACGUGAAUACUUUUCUCUGGAUGGACUGGGAAUUUACAGACCGGAGAAGCAACUUUAUUCCGUGGUAGACCAGCGUGCGCAGCAGCUUAUGCAGUCAGCGUCAAAGACAGAGAGUGGGCGAUAUGAAGUUAGCCUGUUAUGGAAGUUCGAUGAAUUCCGACUACCCAACAGCAAACCUGUAGCUCUACGACGCUUCCACUGCCUAGAGGCCAGAAUGAAGAAACAGCCGGAGUUGGCCCAAGUAUUGCGGGCGAAGAUCGAAGAUUAUCGUUAA